AUGAACUCCCUCUUCAAUUCCGCCCUGAAGCAGUCCUCUGCUGUCCGCCGAGAUCUGGAUUUAUUCUCCCAGUCGCCCGCUACCUCUUCGCCCGCUCUACAAGGCCAGAUCGCUGCCUCUCUCUCCUCACUAUCUCGUACCGUCGAUGAUUACUCGGCUCUCUCGAAAAAGGAGUUGAUCCCAGAGAAACAGCAAAAGGCAUUUGACCGAGUCAAGAACUUCCGCACCGAACUGGCCGACUACCGGGCCCAGUUUGAUCGUCUACGCAAAGAACGAGAGGAAGCGCAAUCCGUCACCAACCGCAAUGAACUCCUCGGUCGCCGUCCCCACCACGCCGCCACCCCCGAGAAUCCCUAUGCCCAAUCCUCUCUUCCCACAUCCUCGGCCUUCGCACCUUCCUCCUCAGGUCUAAGCUUCGGCGCCGGUCCUAGCAAUCAUACUCGUGAAACGCAGGCGCUGCGCGAACAAUCGUUCUUCGCGAAUACACACACCCAGCUAGACGACUUUCUCGAUCGGGGUCGUGCGGUGCUGGCGGACCUCGGUCAACAACGGGAGGUGUUGAAGGGGACGCAGCGUCGACUGUAUAGUGUGGCUAAUACGUUGGGGGUUAGUGGGGAUACGAUUCGCAUGGUGGAACGGCGGGCUCGUCAGGAUAAGUGGAUUUUCUGGGGUGGAGUGGUGAUUUUCUUCUUGUUUUGCUGGGCUGUGUUGCAUUUCUUGCGAUGA